UCCAUCCAUCCCUCCAAUUUAUAAGCUCCACAAUCUUUCAUUUUACAAGUUACCAACCAAACCAAACCACCCCUAAGUCUAACCAAAUUUCCCCAUCCUGUUUUUAUUCUUCAAAGAGAAGAAAAAUUAGAUCUUUUUCUUCUUGAUGGUAAUUCCUUUGAAUAGGAAUUGAAGAAAGAAACAAUACCAUUCAACUAAACGGAAAGGAGAACAAACCAAUUCAAAAAAGUCCUGGCUAAAUCUUCUGUUUUGAUUCCUCAAUUUUGUUUAAACAAAUUUAUUCUCUUUCUUUUUUCAGAAGAUAAAAUUGUGCCAAUUUCUCAUUUCCUUCUCCUUUCUGAACAAUCCUUGCCAAAUUUUCCUUUAUUUGAAGCUCAUCUAACAUGUUCUGCUAACAUUAGCUUCAAUCGCUUUAGAAAUUUAGCAACUUUUUUUGGUUUUGCCUUUUUAAAGGACUAGGAUUUUGUUUUUGUUUUUGUAAAUUUAAUCUCAUUUUUGGAAAUAUGGGAACGGAGGUUUUGAGACCUCAAGAUGUUUUCUACGACAGAUUCCGGCUGUCACCUCCGGCGUUUCAUCAUCGCCGGAAAAACUACUUUGCAAACGGAAAUGCAUUUGGUAACCCUAGACCAAACAACAACUCCGGCCACAAAAAGCCGGUACCACGACUGGAGCGGUCAGACCUCAAGAGAAAGACUUCUCACCAAUCUCCUCCACCGCAAAAAUCAGACCAACAGCCGCAGCUCCAAAUCCCGAGGAGAUCAUCAAGUGCGUCUCCUCCGCCACAACCUCAAAAGUCGGAGCGGCGGAUUAGAUCAUCAAGUGCGCCUCCUCUGCCUCAGCCUCCGACACCUGUGGUGGUGGAGCAGCAGCUCAACCACCUCCUCCUCCCGAGGAGAUCAGCGAGCGUGGACGAGCUGCAAAAUGAUCUUCCUAGGGUUACGAUAUUGAGAAGAGGACAGUCGCUAGACACAAUUGAUGCAACCAGACUGAAGAGAGAUUUAGAGGAGGAAACCACAGGAGGAGGAGGCCUUGUGAGGGAUGAUGUGUACGCUGGAUCGGCGUUUUUUGUAUCGCCUUCACCCAGCUCUCUUCCUUUGCCUUCUUUCUUCAACAUCAACAACAGUAACAGUAACAAUAAUAGCGUGAAUAUCAGCAAUCACAUCACCAUAAUCAACAACGAAGAAUUUCAUGAUUCGGCCACCAGAGACCUGAGGCGUCUGCUUCGUCUCGAAUGAGCUGAUGAUGAUUAUCAGCUAAGAACUACUACUACUACUACUACUACCUACUACCUGGUACUGCUACUAUUACUACGGCAUCGUCUGAUUCGCUUUGGUUUCCUUUUUUCUGGAUCUAAGUUUCUCCAUAUCGUAUUUUUUGUCAAAUAUGGAGAAAUUUUACUGGUCUGAAAAUAGAGGAACAGUGAAAACAGAAGUGCAAGCGAAUUGGCCGUGGGUUUUUAGAACCUUUUUUUUUUUUAAUGUUUUUAGCUAGCUUAUUAGCUAUAUCUGAGAAGUACUUGUGGGGGUUGGCUAAGAACGAUUGGAGGUGUUAAUUAGGUGGGCUCGUGGAUGAAGAGAUGAAAUGACCCCCAAGAGUGUCUAAAGAAAAAGAAAAGAAAAAGAAAUUAUGUGUAUGGUGUAUAACGUAUACUGUUCCAAGAAAAUUGUACAGUUUUCUUUGGGACGGUAUUGUAAUGUAAUAGAGUGGCUAAUCAGUGUAGCAAAUGGGAGUAUUUGUAUUGUAUUUGGGGUACGCCUCAUUGUAUUGUUGUAGGUACUAUGGGAGGGAGUUGAAGGGAAAUAAGUAAGAUGGUCUGUGUUAGUGGUGUGAUGCUUCUGUUGGUUGUUGAUGUUGAUGAUGUAUAUUAUAUUUCAUCUCAAUGAUAAUAUGAAUAGCAAAGAUGUAUUAAAUGGGCUAAUAUAUAUAUA